CUUUUAGUUCAACGAACAAGAUGCAAGCUGACUUCGAGGCAGUACCAUGUUUGGAAGUAAUCCAAUUACAAAGACUACCUGAUACUGGGCUCAAACAGGAGUUAAUUAUGCGUUUAGCAAAUGAGGGAAGAAGACGUGCCAGUGUACCUGAAACAGGUGUCCAACAAACUGACAAAGGAAAGAGUAAGGAAGUUGUAGAAGUUGGGGAGUCAGUUUUGUUAGAUGAGCAAGGGUUUGAGGAGGAAGAGACACUGAGACCAUCGUUAAGAGAACCCGGUAACAUAUUUCAGACAUCUUCAGUGAGUGGAAUAAACCAGCCAAUAAGGAGAAACUCAGAACAGGCAGUUCAGAUGGGAGGUCCUGAAUUAAGUGAAUACCCAGUACAGAGUUUAGCAGGAGGGUUAACUACAAGUAUGAGUUUUGAAUUAGAGGAUAGUAGAAAUAUGUGGCACAAGAGAGAGUUAAGUAAACGACGAAAUCAAUGGGAGUAUAAUGAACUGUGUAGAGUUGGGGCCUUUUUAGAUAAAGCUUUAAUUUCAGGUGAUUGGGAAUAUAUAUGUUUGGCUAGGCAAGCAGUGAUGGAAAGAGCAUAUGUAGUGAGAGUAGCAGAUGAAGAUGGAUGGCAGGUAGCAUCAAAGAUGGAAUCAACUGAUAGUUCAGAUCCUAUAACGGAAAUAUUUGGUAUAAAAAGAGAGAGAGCAAGAGCUGCGGUUCAACAUUUUCCUAAGUUUAAGAAACAGAAAGUAUCUCAAGAAACAAAGCAGACUCAUUGUCAGAUGUAUGAACAGGAUACUCAAUCAUUUCAGAAAGCUUUCCCAACUGUCAUCUUACCGUUUACAGGUUUUCAACAAAGUCAAGCAAUGCAGCCAACAUUGUUUACACCUCCUCAACCAAUAUUUAGUAGUUACAUUGGACAGCAACAGCAACAGUUACCACCGUCAUAUGCUUUUCAACCAUCGCAGCAAUUUCCUAAGUAUACUUCACAGGCAAUAUCAAAAGUUCAUGUAUUGAAAAAUUUGUUAAGUCCGAUAGAAAAUAAGGCAGUUAAAUGUACAGUUGAAG